CCGACGUCGCAAAUAGUGAAAUCGCACAUUCUAAAACGGAAAAAUCAAGAGGCGGCGGGCGGUGGCGGCGCUAGGGUUUUCGAUCGACAUGGAUUCUUCCUCGAUGAGAAGUGUUGUGUUGGCAUUUAUCGACAAUCCUACUGUUUUGGUAAGUGGGGUUCUUCGUGCAAGCAGGGAGCUUGGAAUUGGGCAGCAAGAACCUCAAACUAUCAACCAGGCAUCUCCUUCAGGUGAGCUGCCACUGGAUUCCACCUCUGUGGAUAAUGUGAUUGCCGUCUGUGGGUCUGAAUUUUCCAAUGAUAAGUUGUCUGAAGAAAUUUAUAGAGUUUUGAAGCCUGGUGGGACUGUCAUCAUUUUCAAGAAUUUGCAGUCUGGGAUUGGGGAAACAGAUAAGGCUGUCUCUGCCCUUGAGAGGAAGUUACUAUUGGCAGGGUUUUCAGAAGGACAACGUCUUCAGCUAGAAUCUUCUGCUGAAGUUGAUCAGAUUUUUGGGGUUAAGGCUAAAAAGCCUUCUUGGAAAAUUGGAUCAGCAUUUGCUAUUAAGAAGGCUCCCAAAAGUUCAUUGAAACUUCAGAUAGAUGAAGAUUCAGAUUUGAUUGAUGAAGAUAGCCUCUUGACUGAAGAGGAUUUGAAGAAACCCCAACUACCAACUGUUGGUGACUGUGAAGUAGGAAGCACAAGGAAAGCCUGCAAGAGCUGCACUUGUGGAAGAGCUGAGGCAGAAGAGAAAGGGCAAAAGCUAGAACUGACAAUGGAUCAGAUAAACAAUCCUCAGUCAGCUUGUGGCAAUUGUGGACUAGGUGAUGCUUUCCGUUGUGGUACAUGCCCCUACAAGGGUCUUCCACCAUUUAAGCUGGGUGAAAAGGUAUCACUGCCUGGGAACUUUCUUGCAGCUGACAUUUGAACUUGAAGGCUGAUUUUUCACUGUUGAAGCUUUUCUUCUUAGAUGCUACAGAAGCUCACAGGCUCAAUCUUCCCUACCCUUUUUGGGUCGUUUCCUAUAAUUCACUGUUUCAGUUCCAUAUUCUGGCUUAGUGUGGUAAAGGAACUUGCAUGUGGCUGUGUUUGAUUAGAUCAAGUCCGAGACUUUGGACUAAAAGCAAAAAAUGUCAUUGUGUGUGUGGUGGUGUUUCACUAAUGAAAUUCUAAAAUAAGGAAUUGUGUAGAUUCUUGGAGAUUUCCUCUGAUUCCUUGCCCUAUAUUUCAUAGCUAACUGAUGGUAUUGAAAAUGAUUUUGUAUUAAUACUAUUCAAACAUUGAUAAUCUAUUACUGUUAGGCAUAUACAUACAAAUUUGGGAAGAGGCAUCAUGACAUGGUAGAUUAUUGUUUGUCCAAGCUUCCACUUCACAUCUUGGCCAAAUAAUCUGAAAGUGGUAUA